AUGGCCCUUCUCUGGGUUGUCCUUGGCUUCUUCCUCUUUGGCAGCAGCUUCGGCUGCGGGGUCCCCACCAUCGACCCUGUGCUGAGCGGCCUGUCCAGGAUCGUCAACGGGGAGGACGCUGUCCCCGGCUCCUGGCCCUGGCAGGUGUCCCUGCAGACUAGCUCCGGCUUCCACUUCUGCGGGGGCUCCCUCAUCAGUGCGGACUGGGUGGUCACCGCCGCCCACUGCGGGGUCAGGAAGAGUCACCUCGUGGUGGCCGGGGUAUCUGAUCACGGCUCCGAGGAGGAGGCUGUUCAGGUGCUCAGGAUCGCUGAGGUCUUUGAACACCCCCUGUGGGACCUGCGCACGGUCCAAAACGACAUCGCCCUGCUGAAGCUGGCCACGCCCGUGAGCCUCUCCAGGACCGUGUCCGCCGUGUGCCUGCCCAGCGCCAACGCCAGCUUCCCUGCGGGCUCCCUGUGCACCACCACGGGCUGGGGCAAGACCCGGUACAACGCUCUCAAGAUCCCCGACAAGCUGCAGCAGGCGACCCUGCCCAUCGUGUCCAACGCCGACUGCAGGAAGUACUGGGGCAGCAAGAUCACCGACGUGAUGAUCUGUGCGGGCGCCAGCGGCGUCUCCUCCUGCAUGGGUGACUCUGGUGGCCCCCUGGUCUGCCAGAAGGAUGGAGCCUGGACCCUGGUGGGCAUCGUGUCCUGGGGCAGCGGCCGGUGUGGCCCGUUCUCUCCAGGCGUGUACACCCGGGUCACCAAGUUUAUUCCCUGGGUUCUCGAAGUUCUGGAGGCCAACUGA